AUGUUUUUGAGAACAACAAAUACUCGUAUAAUUGUUCAGCCAGUUGCUGAUAAGAUUGUAGUAGACAUUCGAGAAUUUCGUAGCAGUUUACCAUCACUUCUUCAUGCACAUGGUAUCACCAGAGAGAAAAUCAAUCUCUGA